AUGAAAAUAAGGUCACAAAUGUUGUUUUGGCUACUGACUGGGCUAAUGUUUAUAGAAAAAGGAAUAGAGUCUUCGACUAUUUUAAUUUCCCUCCUCUGAAAUAGUUGUUGCAUCAUACCCACAAAGCCAAUUCAAAUAAUCCUCGCAUUACCGAUUUUAUGUGCAAAUACGUACAAUUUUGAUCAAUCUCUCUACACUUUUGCAUCGUUUUGGCUGAUAAUUCUUUUCACUCCACUCUUUGUAGAUUUUCAUAAAGGCAAGUUUUAAUUAAAUUAGUUUACUAUGGCGUCUGCUUGUGCCCCUGUCUGCAUUAUUUUUUAUUUAUUUUCUUUAUUAUGAAUUAUUGCAUACACGCUUCUAAUUUUCCCCCAUUUUAUUAAUGAUAAAAGCAAGCUAGAAGUUAUUUUGUUUAUAGAAGAAAUCUUUAACUUCGUUUUUUAUGGGUUCAGAGGCUUUUGAAUCGAGUUUUCAUUUUUACUACUAUCUGGCUAUAUCCCUCUGAAGUGAACUGAAUACACAAAUGAAAUUGAAUCAGUCAAAGCCAAACUCAGAUCUCAAGCAGAGCUCGUCUUCAAAGUGAGAGACGAAUUAAAAGGGCUCGUAGAGGAGCAAGAAUUCAAACAUUUCACAGAAAGCCCAAGCUUAGUAACACAAAAGAGAAAAAGAAUUGUGGAGAAGCUUACUCCCAUUAUAAAUUUAAACAAAAAUAUCAGUAAAAAUUUCAGUUUUUGGGACUUUAACUCCUUUAAAUUGGAACAAUUUUUUUUAUAGGAAAAUUUAUAGUAGAAAUAUUCAUUUUUAUAAUUAAUGUUGGCCAAGUAUUAAUGGAAAAGUUCUAGUAAAAUUUUUUAUUUAAACUGUUUUUCACACUGUAUCGAUUAAUUAAUUAUUUAUUUAUAAAAUAAAUUAAAAUCCCAAAAAUUUGCGUCAAUUUAUAUUUUUUUUAUUAAAAAUUUAUUAAAAUUGUUUUUAUAGAGAAAAAUUAAUAUAAUUCUUGUUUAUAAAAAAAAAAUUUAAAUUGAAACAGGAUUUUUGUUCAAUUUAAAGGUGAGAGUUAGGAACAUGAAAGAAAGACGAAGCUCAUUUAGCAUAAGAAAACAAAGUGUCGAUUUCCAAAGCACUAAAAACUCUGACAGUGAAGAAUCAGACAGAUUUAAUAGCGACAAUGAAGGCUUUUAUGGCGAGCACGAACUUCAUUUAUUUUCUGAUUUAUCUAGGUCAGGGUCUUUUGACGAGCUUUCUAGUAACGAAAUUCAAAAUAUCAUCCAAACCUUAAUAAGCCAAGAAUUUUUAUCUUGACAUACAAAUGGCACAUUAAAUGCCCAAAGCUCGACAAAUAUUUUGUCAGAGCUUCAAGAAAUUUAUUCACAAAAUUUUGUUAAUAAAGAAAAAACACUAAAAAGACCAAUGAAGCUGAAACAGACAAAAAGUGCUAAUAGGAUCAGAGAAGGGGUUCAAAAUAAUGCAGCUUUACUAGAGUUGUUUGAGUCUAUUGGAGAGUGGAAUUUUGACACACUAGGAGCUAUAAAGCACACAAAACAGCCUAUUUUUGAAAUAGGGCAAUAUAUUUAUGAUUCCCUUGGGAUCACUGAACAUUUUUCUAUUUCCAAAACAAAAAUCACACAAUUUUUAACAGAAGUCGAGGAAAAAUACCGACCUCAAAAUUUUUUCCAUAAUUCUAUUCAUGGGGCUGAUGUGUGCUGCUCUGUUGUAUUUUUACUAAAAAAUGGUUUACAGCUAUGCGGCUCGUUAUUGGAUUUAGAUAUUUUUGCUAUUAUAACCGCAGCUUUAUGCCACGAUAUUGGGCAUCUUGGUCUCAAUAACGCAUUUUUAAUAGCUUCAUUUCAUCCAUUAGCAUAUAAAUAUAACGAUCAAAGUGUAUUAGAAAACAUGCAUGUAGCGACCACAUUUAAAAUACUCCAUCGGACAAAUACCAAUAUAUGUGAGAGCCUUUCGAAGGCUGAUUUUCUUGCUUUUAGGAAAACACUGAUACAAACUAUUUUGGCGACAGACUUACAGAAGCAUUUUAUUAAGCAAGAAGAGUUUAGGACUGCACUGAAUAAAGAAGAAUUCCCAAGUUUAAAUGAUGAUGGAUUUAGGUCAAUUGUGCUACAGAUUGUGCUUAAAUGUGCUGAUCUUGGGCAUGUAGCUAAAAAAUUAAGAUAUUAUAAAAAGAUCUAACUUUCUGCUAGGAAAUAAAACACUUAUUUAUAUAGAAAAAUAAUUUAUUUAUUAUAGCUAAAAAUAUCUGCUUUUAUAUAAGGCUAUAGAUAUCCAUAAAAGAUGGACAGCUUUGAUUACGAAAGAGUUAUACUUGCAAGGAGAAAAAGAAAUAGAGGCAGGGCUACCUUUAACACCUCUUUGCGAUAAAUCAAAUUUAGAUAUCGGCUCAUCACAAAAAGGAUUCCUUACAGUUGUGGCAAGACCUCUGUUUUUGCUCUUUGAAGAGUAUAUAUUGAAAUGCAAUGAUGGAGGUGAGGAUGAGCUUCCAAUACAAAUUUGUUGCCAAUUGAUCGAUGAAAAUACACAAUUUUGGGAAGACGAGCACAAGAGAUAUGAAAAUAAACAGCCUUCAGAAUUUUUACUUGAUAAUAAUGGCCCACCUCUAUUACAAGAGGAUCAAUUAAAAUAA